UUUGUUUUUAAACAGUGUCAUUUUAUAUAAGAUAAAGGACAAGAGUCCUGCUUGGCAAAGUGUUUUAAUGAUGUCACAAUUUCAUUACUUAACAAUAAAUGACUUCAUUGGAGGGAGAGGAAAAAAAUCUGUCACUGUCUGUAAGAAAUCUUUAUCUAAGCCACAUACUUACAGACAGACCCUUCAGCUUGUUUCUCCAGAAUUUUUGAGAUGGGUUUUUGGUAUCGCUGGAAAUAUCAUUCAGUUCUGAUGUGCUGAUGUUUUUUUGUCUUUGAGUUAUUGGCUCUGAAACUUCUUCACAGAUGUCAGCAUGAACUUAUCUGGGGCUGCCACUGGAAGAAGAAAGGUAAAACCAUUGUGCUUUCUGUACCUUGGCAUCUGUCUUGGGAUCCACCUGCAGAGUUCACAAGCUGACAGUUUUUGGAUUGCCAAUAUCAACAUAUCAUUUCAAGUUGGGAAUCGGACGGUAUGGGAGAUUGCAGAAAACGGAGUGUUUGCCAAAGCCUCACCCCUGAAGAAGGUGUCCGGCAUCGUGAUAGCUGCAGAGGAGCCCCACCAAAAUGCUUGUAGUUCUGUAACAAAUUUUAAUACAGGGAAUGCAGGAUGUUGGAUAGCGCUCAUCAUAAGAGGGCAGUGUUCAUUUACAAAAAAAAUAAGUGUCGCUGCGGAAAAAGGAGCAGUUGGUGUGAUCAUCUAUAAUUAUCCUGGUACAGGUAACAAUGUGUUUCCCAUGCUUAACUUUGGGAAGGAAGGCCCUGUGGCUCUUAUGAUUGGCAAUCUGAAAGGAACUGACCUUCUGCAUCUAAUUCAGAAUGGCAUCCAAGUGAUGGCAACCAUUGAUGUUGGAAAGCACUGUAACCCAUGGUUGACCCGUUAUAUGGGCACUAUUUUUAUUCUUUCCUCUGUAGCUGUGGCGUAUUGCACCUUUUAUUGUGCUGGAAAGCUACGAAGAACAAGGAAUUUGAUACAAAGAUGCCAGCAGGAGCUUGAUAUUACUAAAGCCAUCAAUCGUCUUGAGCUUCGUACAUUAAAAGAGGAUGACAAAGAAGUUGGAUCCAAUGGAGACAACUGUGCAGUGUGUUUAGAAAUGUACAAACCUAAAGAUGUAGCCCGCAUUUUACGUUGUGGGCAUCUUUUCCACAAAAUCUGUGUUGAUCCUUGGCUUUUAAAGCACCAAACAUGCCCUGUGUGUAAGUGGAACAUGCUUGGAAAUGUGGAAAGUAUUACAGGUACAGCAGAACCAUUCGGUGUUCAGCUAUCGAAUGAAGCAUCUUCUGCUAUCAAUUCUCCUAAUGAAGCCAUCUGUCCAGAAGUACCUGCAGGAAUUCAUAAAGGCUCAAAAGCUCAAUCUGGGGACAAAUGAUGAUUUCGAUCUUGAUCCCCUUGUUAAAGAUUGAGCUUAAGGUGUGUGAAAUAAAACAUUACCUUUGAUUCUGUUUAGUUUGUUUGCUUUAUGACAAUAUUAAAAACAUCCAAUGUGAUUUUGGAAAUUAGAGUUUAAUAUUUUAAGUUUUGGGUUUUGAGGAACUCCAGCUAUAAUUGUUAAAUUCCUAACAAUUUAGAAUGGUUUUUACAUUGAUUUAGGAUGAUAAUUUACAGGUAGUCCUUGAUUUACAACCACAGCUGAGA